AACCUCCAACACAAUGCGUUUGUUGUCAUGUUGUGUAGAUUUUCUCUCCCAGCUGUGUACCAAACAUUUCCUUUUCCGAUAGUAUUAUUGUUGAAAAACACUUUAUAAAGUCAGUAAAAUAACUUCCUCUUUCAUAGGUUUAAUAAAGAUGAUGGGCAGAAAUAGAAUUAGUUGAUCAUGUUAACUCGGGUGUACUAUAGCGCUGUGGAACGCAUUCAUCACUAGACCGUGGUUACCGGCUGCAAGAACGAAGAAAUAGUAGCUACAUCGAGUAGCAUUGCGACAGGAAACGGUCAAGCCACUUCCGAUCCGAUCUGUGUGUAACUGCCCCAACAUGAGCGACCCACUGCCAGAAACAGACCGGGAGGAGGUGAUGGCCCGCCACCGUAAGGAAAAGAAGGAACUGCAGUGCAAAAUACAAUCGAUGAAGAAGAUGAAGGUGGACAAAAAGAAAAAGAAAGAAAUUCAGGACGAGAUCGCGAAUCUGGAGCAGGAAAUAGAGCAACGGCAUGCGGAAGAACUGAAUCGCUUAAACCUUUCGGACGCACCCGAGCCCUCAUCGAACCAGCCGGAAGGUAAUGGUGAACCAAAGGAAGAAUCUAAUGCCGGUACAGAAAAGGAGGAACCUCGGCUCUCGAAAGCGCAACGCCGAAGAGACAAAAAAGCACAGGACAAUCGAGAGCGCGAUGCUCAGAUCAAGGAGGAGCAAGCACUGUUGCAGAAAAGCUCACCACGAAUCUUGGAAAACAAUCGUAUCAACGAAAUUCUUAUCAAACGUGGCAUGCUAGCCCAUGCCGUUCCGGCCGAUGGCGAUUGUCUGUACAAUGCGAUCAACCAUCAGCUUACCGAGCUGGGAAUCGGUUCGUACAGUGUUCCGGAGCUGCGCAGUAUGGCUGCGGACUACAUAGAAGCUAACCGGGACGUCAUGAUAUGUUACAUGAGCCAUCCAGACACAGGAGAUAUGCUGAGUGCGGAAGAAUUUGAUAAAUACUGCCAUCAAGUUCGGGCUACAAAGGCAUGGGGUGGAGAGAUUGAAAUUAAGGCCCUAUCUACCAGCUUGAAGUGUCCGAUCGAAGUCAUACAGGCUACCGGUCCGGCGACCGUACACGGAGAGGAAGAGAGCACUAAUCGGAAGCUGGUACUAACGUACCAUCGGCACAUGUAUCGUCUGGGAGAGCAUUAUAAUUCUACCAAACCAAUGCCACCGGCAGUGCGUGAAGAAGACGAUUGAAAUGUUAAACAGUAACAUAACUAAAUAUAUAGUAAUGGUGUCAAUCAACCGGUCAAA